CAAAAUACAGAUUACAAUUAUGUGUAUUGUAAUCGGCAGCUCCGACCAAACAGGGAUUGCUAGCUAAAAACGGAAAGAUUCCGAAAGCUCUCCCACGACAGAAUUUUCUUUCUCGGAGCUAUACAAGUCGCCGUAAUCGAGAAAAAGGCCUCGUUUGACCGAACACGCAUACUAACAAUCGACAACAUCGUUGAACUGUAACGACUUCAUUGCUUAUGAAGUACUACUGAAGAAUUAAAUCUUUUGUUUUCUCACUAGAGUCAUAUUGAAUAAUAACGUGAAAAGCGAGAAAUAAAUCUUCUUCUUGUGAUAUACGAAAUACGAUAGUCGAAAUAAAAUAUAAAUUUUUUCAUAUAUGUCAUCACUCGCGAUUGAUGGUAUAUAUUGUUAAAAUGUAUCGGAAAUUCCCUUUUUUACUAACUUGCAUUAGUAAAUGCACAUAUAUUUCAUAUGCAUAUGUUCUACAUAACUAACGAAAAUUAAUUUUAUGACAAUUAAUCCAGAUUUAGAGCUAUUUAUUAUACAUAUCAUCGGAAGCAAAUAACACAGAAAGAAGCUAUUCUAUUUCAACGUAUAUUUUACAAGAAAAAAGUUUAUAUAAUUUCUCGUUUCUGAUGUCAUAAUUUGAUAUGACAUGAAUGAGGGAGCAGGAGCUUUAAUAUUCAGCAAACUAAGUCAUUCAACGUAAAAUGAUUUUCUAUUCGUAUUAAUUAAUUAUUGUUGUUAUUAAUAAUUAUUAAGAAUUGAAUGUGUAUAUAUACAUAUGCAUCGUACCAGACAUAGCCAAGCAACACCCAUACACAUACAUACACACACACACACACACUCACACAUAUAACACAUGUAUAUCAGAUACCGAGAAUCGGUAUAAUGGUAAAAAGAUUGAUCCAUACCUGCGGAUAAGCUCAUGAAUGGCUGCGUUCAGAAACACAACGGUUGUGUGAUUUUUCAGUGACAUUGAGAAUGCCAGUAUAUACUUCUCUAAAUCUACAUCAAUCGGAUCAUUUUUUUAAAAAGUCGAUCACCCAGCCGUUGCAUUUUCUAUAAGCAGCUAAUGUUACGGCCAUGCAGGCAACAGAGACAGACGAAUGUAUGAGCGGUGAAUGUGUAAGAGAGAAAGAAUAAGCGAGAAAGAGAGGGAGAAUAAGAAAGCGAACGAGAGAGAAUGAAUUAGUACGUACGAGAGACAGCAAGAAAGAAUGCUCACUGUGAAUAUUUUUAUUAAAUUUUCAAGUUUGAUGACUCUCUUCCGUCGCAACAAUUAAUAAAUAAACAUAAGCAUAAGUGAAAGAAUAUCCUAAUUAUUUCCCUAUUGCUAUUAUGUUUCAAAAAAACUAAAUUGCUUGCAAAAUGAUAUAUAAUAUAAAAACAGUUGCCUAUUCACACGGGUCAUUUUUUGUAAAACUAUUUGCAAAAAAGAAAGAUCUUUCUAAAUUUAAUUGCUACCGCACGUUGCGGUGUUUAGUACGACUAGUAUUAGUGGUAUUACCAGUAAGACUAAUACUAAAAAUCAGGAUUGGAAAGUAACGCGUUACUUGUAACAUCGUUACCAUUAAUUAUUAUUCUUUGGUAACUAAUUAUAUAUCGCUUUUGUGUGUUAUAUUUUAAUAUAAAAAGAUGUUGAAAAAAAUGUAAAUUUUGUAUGUCUAUUUUUAUAUAUAACUUUGCCUCUUGUAAUAGCGUUAAAAAGAUAACGAAAAAUUGUAACUACUUAUUAUUUAUUGAGUAACGAGUUAUUUUUAUUUUCAAUGAGAUUGAUAAUUGCCCGCUGCAUUUAGAUUCUUCGCAUAGAUUAUUUAUCAGUAAAUGUGACAUAAUGAAAAUUACAGAAGGUUUCAUCGUUAGUAGACAAAGUGAUCAUUUGAUACUGUUUCUAUUUACUGAGUCUCGAAAUAUGUAAGAAAAAGUCAAAAGCUUCUAAUGGUUUGCAAUCGAAUAAAUUAAACCAAGAAAAAUUUCGCAUAUAAGCAUAUGAAAAUGUUAUCACUCACUGCUAUACGAGAAGUUGUGGACAUAAAAACUGAAGGUAAAAAUAAAUUAUAACUAUUAUGAGAAGCGUUAUAACUAUUUGUGAUUUUUUUAGGAUUACAAAUUUGCACUCAUAGUACGUAGCACUCAGAAACAAGUUUUCUUUUUAUUCCUAAUUACAGACGAACAAAUAAAUAAAACGAAUUAUUUACAAAUGUUUUGUAGACAGAUGGCCUUGCCUACUGCGGCAGCUGAUGCUGAUGCCGUACAUAUAUAAACUUUGUGACUUGUGACAUUCAAUAUAAGUGAUAUAAGUCUAAGAAAAAAUAUCCGCUAUAUAAUAUAUAUAUAUAAUCUCCGUUGGUUUAUUCUAUUUAUUGUUUUGCUCAGUUUUUUUUUUUUAAUUUUUCAAGAUACAUUAUUAGAUACAAUUCGCAUCCAUUUGUAGAUGAUGUAGCUUCAGUAUAUAUCUUUAUUUUUUAUUGUGUAAGUAUACGUAAUAAGCAUUGAUUUUCAAUAAUGCAGUUAACAAAAAAUUUAUACUAAAAUGCCGAAUAAAAAAAUUGUAUAUAUUUGACAUUAUUCCACACAUAAUAUACUAAAAAUUUGCUCUUUAAUCGUACUAAUUGAAAGCUUUCGCUAUUUGUGCCAAAAUGUAGAAAAUUUGAUAAACUGGAAUAUUCCUUAGAAUUAAAUGGAUUAUUUGCAUAUCGACUGAUUUCUCUGACUGGUUGUAGCUCUGUGAUUGCUCUGUCGUUAAAGCUGUUUUAUGAGUUUAUUCCUUGAUGAUAACACUUUCUAUCAUUAUUUCAUAAUUUGACGGAACUUUCCUCAACAAUGUACAUUAAAAACAAAGAUCAAGAAAAACUUAUUUUUUUCGUGUAAAAACAUGGCGAUAUCGCAUUAGCGCAAAUAAUUAAAUUAUAUGUUGCAUUUGCAAAUGUGAGCAGCAGUAUAAUAAAAGAAAAUAAAUAAAAGAGUCAGUGUAAGGAAUAGGUAAAGUUUUAUAAAACUUGAAACAUUUUCAUCUUUUUCACCGCAAUUAUUUAAAUAAUGAUAUUAGGCGCGAAAAAUGAUAAUUGUUUGGUGCUGCCAUCAUAGUCGUUUCUCGAAGCGCGGUGCGCGGCAGCAGUGUCGCGCCCUGAUCCCGUUGCUAUAGUAACGGCGGGUUAUUUACUUAGCAAUCCGAAUUCGAAUCGCGGUUUCGUAAUCGCGUUGAUAAAUAAUCGCGGUCGGGAUUAAAUACGUAUUUCUCCUCGUUUCGGCAACUGAAAAAUCGCGUGUCGUCGUCAUGACGUGAAUGAGGCGUAUCGCGACGAUGAAUCGGACGCGCGGAGAAAAGUUCGGCGACAGGGCGAAUUCGCCGGAAAAUGAGUACGAGAUCGAGCAAUUUGCGGAUAAUAACGGGUGGGAUAACGGUAAAGUGCUAUCGGAAAUUAGAUGUACCGAAGAGAUAUUGCGGCAAGUGCAACGCGAGUUGUGCCUCAUCAAAUUAUGCUGGUCGGAUAUCCCGAUAACGAAGGAUCUUUAUGCGCAAUCACUUCCGGAUACUUAUCGAUGCGUCAACGACAAGGAGAGGUUGCUUUUGUGGUACGCGGAAAACUUUCGUCGACAGAUUCACGCGAAGGACGCGAAUCGUCGACCGCUUUUCUUGGCAUGUGAAAACGAAUGUGGUGUACAAAAAUUUACAUCUACUGGCAUUCGUCGAAGUACGCCGCCAUAUCCAGAAUUGUAUACAUGGCAUGGAUGUGCACAGUUCAUCAGUAAUCACAUCACGUAUCAACCACUAAAUGAAGAGUUUAUUAUGGUAAGUAUAUAAACAAACUACUAAUAUACAUUUAAAAAAUCCUUAAUUAUAAAUAAACUACUAAAAAUAAUUCGUGUAAAACUAUUGCAAAACUAACUAAAAAAAUAAGAGGUAGAAUACAUAGGAAUCGCGGUAUUCGCGCAUAUCGCGUACUGUUUUUCUCAAAUAUAAAUAUACAUCAGUAUUAAUAUACAUAAAAAUAUACAACAUUAGUAAUAAUGCGACAUAUAUUAAAACGAUGAACUUAAUUUUUAAACUGUACUUCAUUUUGUCGCAUUUUCCAAGGUAACUUGAAGACGCAUCUUGCGACAACUUUUGACAUUAUGCGUAUGAGAGAAAAUAUGGACUCUCGUGACUUUUUUAUAAUAUACUAUUAUAUUCUAAUAGUUAUAGAUAUAUACAAAUUUUAUAUACAUUUAUAUAUUUUUACACAUAUAUAUACAUAUAUAUAUAUAUA